AUGGAGAAGGGUCGUACGGACUACUCAUUUCAAGUGGAAUCGAUUGUGCUCAAAUGGAUCACCAACUGCUCUUACCUACCACCGCUACCCGAAGACCUUCCUUCAAAUGUUUCUGAUAUCUCCGUCUUCAAUGAAGGUCCCAAACCCACCUAUGAGUACGUGAUUACCCAACUUGGCAAAGAGAAGGCCUUCUACGAUUAUGACAAAGACGAAUGCACGGACUACUGCUUCAAUUACAGACAGAUGGUAGUGGCAACAGCUAACAAAGUUGGGUGCGCUCAAAUGAAAUGCGAAAGUCGUGCAAACCAGUCUUCCCCUACGUAUCUCACCGCAUGCCUCUUCACACCGUCGAAAAUUGAUAUGGUGGACAGGCCCUACACGAAAGGAGAAAGUUGCAGUGCCUGCCCGAAGGGUCUAGUCUGUUAUGUCAACCAAUGCGCAAAACCAUCGGACAUUCCAACAACCACCACCACAUCAACGACCUCAUCUUCGUCGAUGAUAUCACCUGUCAAAGUAGCGAGUUUGUUAAUCCUCCUUCUGUGCCUCAUCGCUUAG